CAAAAAGAGCUUUGGGGUAUUUGGUUUUCGUUUAAGAAAGAUGAGGAUGGGGAAAUUAAUUUCCAAAAGACUUGGAGUGUUUGUGAUGAUAUUUGUGUUUGCCAUAGCGAUAGUAGAAUGCCGAAAGCUUGAGAAGGAGACCCAUGGAGGUGGUUUUGGUGGAGGUGCUGGAGGAGGAAUUGGUGGUGGCCAUAGUGGUGGUUUAGGUGGAGGUGGAAAAGGUGGUGGUGUAGGAGGUGGAGCUGGCGGUGUUGGUGGUGGUUUUGGAGGUGGUGGAGGUGGAGGUGGAAAAGGUGGAGGCAUUGGAGGAGGAGGAGGAGUUGGUGUUGGUGUAGGUGGAGGACAUGGAGGUGGUAUUGGAGGAGGAAAAGGUGGAGGUAUUGGUGGUGGUGUAGGAGGAGGACAUGGAGGUGGUGUUGGUGGUGGUAUUGGAGGAGGAAAAGGUGGAGGUUUUGGUGGUGGUGUAGGUGGAGGACAUGGAGGUGGUGUAGGUAGUGGUGGUGGCUUUGGAGGCGGUGUAGGUGGAGGACACGAAGGAGGUAUUGGUGGUGGUGUAGGUGGUGGUGGUGGAUUUAGAGGCGGCGUAGGUGGAGGACAUGGAGGUGGUGCAGGUGGUGGACAUGGAGGUGGAGUAGGAGGUGAUUUUGGAGGAGGAAAAGGUGGAGGUUUUGGUGGUGGUGCAGGUGGAGGACAUGGAAGCGAGGGAGGCUUUGGAGGUGGCAAGGGAGGUGGAAUAGGUGGUGGAGGAAUUGGAGGGGGAUUUUAGUUGCAAAAUGUUGCAUGCUAAAAAUAGCGUAACGUGUACACGUGCAUAGUAAUGCAUGGUAUCGUUGCUAUGGCAUGUCAUAAUGCCGUACUAAUAUUAUUGAGCAAAAUAAAAAAGUUCUCUAGUUUCUAUCAAAACUUGUAAUCCAUCCUCAUAUUCCAAAAGUUAAUUUCGAAGGCCUUCGUAUUAAGGAGAUUUACCA